CAAAAACGAAAGCUCCGACGUGAGGUGUCCAGUUUGUGGGGAGGGGUUUGUUUUAAGCACCGAGUGGGAGCAGUAACACAGCGCCGGGCUGCAGUGGUGACGGAGCAUGGAGAGGGAGUUUGCACAGCAGGAUUCCCUGGGGCACCACGAGCGACGGCCCGGGCAGCUCCCAGCUUCUUCCUUCACUUCUAUCGCGCCCAGGGAUUUAGAGCGGAGGUGCUGUAUCGGCUCCGGGGGCUUCGGAGAGGUCUACAAAGCUCGCCACCACUCUUGGGGGAUCUGGGUGGCAGUCAAGUACCUCAGGGUGAAUGGGAGUGACAAGCAGGAGUUGUUAGAAGAAGCAAAGAAGAUGCACAGAGCGCAGUUUGAACACACCCUGCGGCUGUAUGGAGUGGUGGAAGAUAACGCGAAGGAUGGGCAGCCAUCAUUGGGAUUAGUAACAGAAUUCAUGGAGGCUGGAUCAUUGGAUAAACUUCUUGUGAACCAUGAUGUCCCGUGGCCUCUGCGCCUGCGUUUUGCAUAUGAAAUUGCUUUAGGAGUGAACUACCUACAUAACCUGAAGCCAGCACUCUUUCACCAUGACUUGAAACCUGCCAAUAUUCUACUGAAUAAUGACUAUCACGUCAAGAUCUGUGACUUUGGCCUGGCAAAGUGGCGUAAAUCCACAGGGCAGUAUAGCUGUGAAAGUAGCAAAUGCAUGGGCACACUUAGUUACAUACCACCUGAAUGUUUCAAGAACGUCAAUACCAGAGGAGAUGUGAAGUUUGAUGUGUACAGCUAUGGAAUUAUCAUCUGGGAGAUAGUAACUCGCCAAAAGCCUUACAAAAAUGCUGUAAAUCCUCAGCAAAUAAAACUCUGUGUGGAAAGGGGUGACAGGCCAGACUGUGACGUGAUUCCUCGGGAUCUACCAGAAUCAGCUGAAGUACUUAUUCCCCUGAUGAAGAAGUGUUGGCAUCCAACCCCUGAUGAACGGCCAACCUUGUUAAAGUGUGCUUAUGAUUUGGAACCAAAGCAGUCAAAUGAGCAGGACAUUCAAGUUGCCAUCCACAAGCUGACAAAACAGAAGUCACAGUCUGAGGAUGGAGCUUCUGGCGGGGCAUCGCUGCGAGAUAGUGAAGACAACAGAUCCCUUUAUGAACCAGUCGAGGAACAGGAUGGGCCCAUCAACUUUGCCGAACCAGUUCUGGAACAGAAUGAGCCCAUCAAAGUUGUUGAUGCAGUUGAGGAACAGAAUGUGCCCAUCAGAGCUGAUGAAACAAGACAAAACACAAGCCAACAGGAAGUUGUAAAGCGUCCUCUCUGCAAUCCCACUUCAGAAGAAUGUAUGACAUUAGCCGAGUUGGUCAACAGAGACUGGAAGAUGAUUGGUCGAAGUUUGGAGUUGACCGAGAGUGAUAUCACUAUUAUCGAUGUUGACUGUGUUACAGGUGGCUUGAAGGAGAAAGCUUACCAGAUGUUUCAGAAGUGGAUACAGAAACAAGGGAGACAUGCCACGCGCGAAACAUUAUUCAGGAAAUUUAAAUUGAUGGGGAGGUCCGAUCUGGCGAUGCACUUGUGCAGUUGAUGCGGUGACAGGUUUUUAGAUUCGCUGUCUGCCCUCGUUUAUAAUGAGCCCGCAGAACGCAUUUUUAACUCCUUACAUUACCAUUUCAUGUCUAUCUUGCUUGGUGUCAAUGGAAGUGGAAUUUGUCCCCGGCUUCUCAAUUAACUCUUAGCUGUAAACAGAUUCAAGGAAUGACAAUGAUUCAGCCAGCAAUAGCCUCACAUCAGGGGAGGUGAGACGAUGGAUUUAACCCUGAUCUCAGCUCUACCCUGCAGAACUGGAUCCUCAGCUUUCUGACCCACAGACCACAAUCAGUGUAGAUUGGUAACUGUGCCUCCUCCACAAUAACCCUCAACAUUGGAGCCCCCAAAGAUGCGUCCUCAGCCCCCUACUGUGCUCCCUGUACACCCACGACUAUGUAGCCAAAUUCCAAAUGAAUGCUAUCAGCAAGUUUGACGAAACCACCAUAGUAGGACAGAUAUCAAACAACGACGAGUCAGAAUACAGAAAGGAGGUGGACGGCUUCACGUCAUGCUGCAACGAUAACAAACUCUCUCUCAAUGUUGGCAAAAGAACUGAUCAUUGACUUCAGAAAGAAAGGAGGAGAACAUGGCCCCAGCUCCAUCAAUGGCGCUGAAGUUGAGAGGUUGGAGACUGUCAAGCUCCUCGGAGUGACAAUAACCAACAAAUUGUCCUGAACUUGCCAUGUAGAUGCAACAGUUAAUUCGGCACAACAAUGCCUUUUCUUCCUCAAACGGCUUAGGAAAUUUGACGUGUCCAUAAGAUCCCUCACCAGCUUUUACUGAUGCACCAUAGAAAGUAUUCUGUCCGGGUACAUAACAACUGGUCUGCCCAGGACUGUAAGAAACUACAGAAGGUGGUGCGCACAGCCCAGACCGUCACAGAAGUCAACCUUCCAGCCAUGGACUCCAUGUACAUGGCUUGCUGCUGUGGAAAGGCUGCCAACAUCAUCAAAGUCCCAUCGAUCUCUUACAACCUUUUCUGUCAGGCAGAAUACAUAGAAACUUGAACACAUGCACCAACAGGUUCAAGAACAGCUUCUUCCCUGCUGCGAUUAGACCGAUGAAUGGACUCUGUAACAUCAAGUAAUGUUGAUCUUGCUUCGUGCACCUCCUGUGCAGUGUAUUCUGAAUGCCUUGCUCUGGCUAAGGACCCUGUGCUCUGUUAUGGUCUUGCUUGCUAUGAUCUGCCUGUACCUGGUUAGCAAACAAAGCUUUUCACUGUACUUAGGUACACAUGACCACAAUAAGUGAAAUCAAUACAAAUCAAAUCAAAUCAAACACAUCAAAGCUGGGAGUGCAGAGCAUUGUUAGAGAUGCUGUCUCUUGGAUGAGAUGUCAAAUUGGGGUCCUAUCAGUCCUUUCCAGGAACAGACUUAUUCCGUGGCACUAUUGGGAAAUGGACAGUGUUGACCCAGUGUUGUCCUCAGCAUUGCUCCCUCUCUUGAUUGAACAUGGGACCUUUGUAGAUUGACAGCCAGUUUCCACCAGUCUCUACUUCAGAAGGAAUCAGUUGAUUAUGAAGCACUUUGGCAUGUUCGGCACAUAAUGAAGUUCUCCAGAAAUCCAAGCUCUUCCUUUUCAGUUGGAUUUACAUUAAAUUGUUGCAUUGUAUUCAUUUCCCCUCUUUAAAGUUGCGAUAGAGGCACUGGAGGCAACUGGCCAAGUUUGAGUAGAUAUCGGCGACAGGAGGAACCACGGGACUCGGUGUACCAUGACGUGCCUCUGUUUGUUUUUGUUUGUUUUUCCUUUUGUCUAGAAUCAAGCCUGUAGUCAGGGCACUACGUUGUGAGGGUGCAGGCCUGUGAGGGCCCAUUGCACUGACACGUCCCUGAGAGUUGCUGGUUCCGCUGCUCAGAUCAGCCAUUACUCAGAUCCCUGCUAUUUCAUUUGGCAGCAGUGGUUGCCUGCUCCCUAAGUGUGGCUAAACAUGAGAUUGAACAGCGGCAGAAGAGACAGGGUUAACACUUCUGAGACCAAACUCCACAAGAAAUACAAACAGGUCUCGGCUGUUCGGUCCUUCGAGCCUGUGUCACCAUUCAAUAAGAUCAUGGCUGAUCUGACCUUCUCUUGUGUCCACUUGCCCUGUAUCUCUUGACUCCCCCACUGAUCCAAGAAACUAAAUAUCUCAGCCUUCAAUAUACACAAGGACUCUGUUUCCACAGCUCUCUGUGGCAAGGCAUUCCAACGAUUCUCAAUCCUCCGAGCAAAGAAAUUCCUCCUCAUCUCCGACUUAAAUUGGCUCCCCUUUAUUCUGAGACUGCUUGCUCAUCCUAGACUGUCCCAGGAGGGGAAAACACCCUCUCAGCAUUUACACUGUCCAGCCCUUUAAGAAUUCUCUAUGUUUCAGUGUGAUCAUCUCUCAUUCUUCUAAACUCAAGUGAGUAGAGUCCCAACCUGUUUAGCCUUUACUUGAGACAAUCCUUCCACCUGAUGGAUCAUUCUCUGUGAACGUUCUCUGAACUGCCUCUAGCGAAAUGAUACCUUUCCUUAAAUAAGGGAUGAAAACUGCUCACAGUACUCCAGAUGUGGUCUCACCAGCACUUGUUCAAUUGCAGUAAGAUUUCCCUACUCAUACUGCAACCCCUUUGAAGUUAGGGCCAACAUUGCAUUAGACUUUGUGAUUAUCUGCUUCACUUGUGUGCAGGCUUUUCUGACAAGUCCCCCCAAGUUCCUUUAUGUUGCAACUUCAGUUUUUCUCCAUUCAAAUAAUAGUUUUAUUCUCCCUUCCCAAAAUGAACAAGUGUACAUCUUCCCACAUUAGACUCCCAUUUGCCAAAUUUUUUCCCAUAUUCUUAACCUAUCAGUAUUUCUCGUCUAAUCCGUUUGUAUACUCCUCUCAACCUGCCUUUCCACCUAAAGUUGGCUAAAUUUGCUUUCUUCCUCCGAGUCACUAAUAUACAUUGUAAAUGGUUGCGGCCCCAGCACUGAUAUAUACGUUGUAAACAGCUGUGGCUCCAGCAUGGAUAUAUACGUUGUAAACAACUGCGGUCCCAGCACUGAUAUAUACGUUGUAAACGGCUGCGGCCCCAGCACGGAUAUAUACAUUGUAAACGGCUGCGGCCCUAGCACAGAUAUAUACGUUGUAAACGGCUGCGGCCCCAGGACUGAUAUAUACGUUGUAAACAGCUGCGGGCCCAGCACGGAUAUAUACGUUGUAAAUGGCUGCGGCCCCAGGACUGAUAUAUACGUUGUAAACUGCUGCGGCCCCAGGACUGGUAUAUACGAUGUAAAUGGUUGCGGCCCCAGCACUGAUCCCUCUGGUUACGGGUUUCCAACCUGACACAGAAUCCUUUAUCCACACCCACUGUUUGAAUAGGGGUGUCGCAUGUCCUGUCCGACAAUCCUCUGGUACUUCACCAGUGUUUAAGGAUUUUUGGAAAAUUACAACCAACGCAUCCACUAUCUCUGUAACUACCUCUUUUAGGAUUCUAGAAUGCCAGCAGAGAUUCAUGCGGAUGAUCCCUGGAAUGGUAGGUUUAACGUACGAUGAGCGGCUGAGAAUCCUGGGAUUGUACUCGUUAGAGUUCAGAAGGUUGAGUGGAGAUCUAAUAGAAACUUACAAGAUAAUGUAUGGCUUAGAAAGGGUGGACGCUGGGAAGUUGUUUCCGUUAAGCGGGGAGACUAAGACCCGUGGGCACAGCCUUAGAAUUAGAGGGAGUAAAUUUAAAACUGAAAUGAGAUGACAUUUCUUCAGCCAGAGAGUGGUGGGUUUGUGGAAUUCAUUGCCACAGAGCGCAGUGGAGGGUAGGUUGUUAAAUGUCUUCAGGGCAGAGAUUGACAAAUACCUGAUCUCACAAGGAAUCAAGGGCUACAGGGAGAGUGCAGGGAAGUGGAGUUGAAGUGCCCAUCAGCCGUGAUUAAAUGGCAGAGUGGACUCAAUGGGCCGAAUGGCCUUACUUCCACUCCUAUGUCUUAUGGUCUUAUGGAAUAAACAAAUAUCUUCAACUAAACUGAUGAAUUUGUUCUCCAAUGUAUUUUAAUAUUUACUGUGGUUAAAUCCCUGUUGUACUAUGCUUUCAUAAAAUUUUGAAUUUUCUUUCUCCAAGGAUCAUCACAAUGAGAAUGCCUCACCUUUUGUUCAGUUAAAAGAACAAUACUGUGGAUGCUGGAAAUCUGAAAUUCCAGGGAAUGCUGGAGAAACUCAGAAAGCCUGGCAGUACCUGCGGAGAGGAAUAUAGAAUUAAAGUUUUCGAGUCUGAUAUGACUCUUCACAACUGUCUAUUUACUUUAUUGAUCAGUCUAUUCCAAUUAUUGUCGUUGGCAUUUUGAGCACUUUAAUUGUGCUGAUGAUUCACUGCUACACGAAAACAAAGGAAAUUUUUCGCAAUGCUAUAGUUCUUUUCCUAAAAUACGUGUCUGCUAAAAGUCCAUUUGGCUUUACAUUUCCACACUGAGAGAUUUAACACAUUUUUGUAUGCUUGUACGUUAGUACAAACUGGAUCAAAAGACAUGUCUCCAUAUUUUACCUUUUCAGUGUAUCCUUUGACUACUUUAAACUACUUUUUUCAGCUUAUGGAAAGAGAAAAUGUCGGUGUGCAAA